UACGGCGUUAGGUAACCAGUUAUUUCUGGGAUGGUUCGACCUCUGAAUAUCACAAAUGAACUCAUUUAACGCCUGCUCAUUUAUUAACUUCCGCAAACAAGAAACACGACCACCGUCCACCAAUCCUAAACCUUUUAUUUACUCUUUUUUUCCCCUCUCAUUUGCAAGUUUCGGAUAUAGCUACAGCAGUCAAUGGAACCUGAGGUUCCAAUUUAUGGCAAGAACAAUUACUACAAUAGUUAUAGUUCGGAAGAGCGGAUAGCAGAAGAGAGGGCCAUAGACGACUGGCUUCCAAUCACAUCUUCGCGGACAGCAAGAUGGUGGUUUUCAGCAUUCCACAACGUGACCGCCAUCGUGGGCGCCGGAGUCCUCAGCCUCCCUUACGCCAUGUCCCAACUCGGAUGGGGUCCCGGUGUGUCGUUCCUGGUGCUAUCCUGGGUGGUGACGCUCUACUCGUUGUGGCAGAUGGUGGAGAUGCACGAGCUCGUGCCGGGGAAGCGCUUCGACCGUUAUCACGAGCUCGGACAGCACGCCUUCGGACACAAGCUCGGUCUGUGGAUCGUGGUCCCCGUGCAGCUCGUGGUUCUAGCCGGAUUGAACAUAGUUUACCUCAUCACAGGCGGCACAUCGCUGCAAAAAUUCCACCAUUUGGUUUGCAAAGAUUGCAAGAAAAUCAAGCUCACUUAUUUCAUACUCAUUUUCUCCUCCGUCCACUUCGCCCUCUCCCAACUCCCCACCUUCAACUCCAUCUCCGGCGUGUCCCUCGCCGCUGCUGUCAUGUCGAUAAGUUAUUCUACGGUGGCUUGGGCAGCUUCGGUUGAGAAAGGAGUUGUAGCGGGCGUGGAAUAUGGGUAUAAAUCGAGGAGUGAGGCUGGAACGGUGUUCAACUUCUUCAACGCGCUGGGGAGCAUGGCGUUCGCGUAUGGCGGCCACAACGUGGUGAUGGAGAUCCAAGCUACUAUGCCGUCCACGCCGCAUAAGCCUUCCAGGAAACCUAUGUGGAAGGGGGUCGUGGUUGCUUAUGUUAUCGUCGCGCUCUGCUACUUUCCCGUUGCUAUCAUUGGAUUCUGGGUGUUUGGUAAUAAAGUAGACGAAAACAUUCUCAUAACGUUGGACAAACCUAGAUGGCUCAUCGCCAUGGCUAACAUGUUUGUUGUGGUCCAUCUUGUUGGAAGCUAUCAGUUGUAUGCAAUGCCGGUUUUUGACAUGAUAGAAGCUGUGCUCACAAAGAAGCUCAAGUUGAAGCCAACUUGGUAUCUGCGAUUUAUUUCAAGGAAUGCUUAUGUUGCUUUCACAACAUUCAUUGCUAUCACAUUCCCUUUCUUCAAUGCGCUCCUUGGAUUUUUCGGAGGAUUUGGGUUCGCGCCAACCACAUAUUUUCUUCCCUGUAUUAUAUGGCUUAUGGUUCACAAGCCACGGAUGUUGAGCUUUUCUUGGUUGGCCUGCUGGUUUUGCAUAAUAUUUGGUGUCCUCUUGAUGUUUGUUGGACCAAUUGGCGGGCUCAGGCAGAUUAUACUUGAAGCCAAAGAUUAUAAAUUCUACCAGUAAUUAAAGUCUUAAUUGUAAUUUUCUUGAUAGCUAUAUUAUAUGUACUUUCUUUAGGGGAUCUGUAUAUGAAUAUAUCUUUAAUUUAUUGGUUCAA